CAGCCUUAACCAUUCAGGACCGCGGACAGCGCGCUUCAUUUGCAAGAGGGAACUGUCGAUGCCGCUGUGGGCGUUGUAGGUGAAAAUCUAAUUCAGGGAUGUAGGGAGCUAUCCGUUCAGCACCAAUACCGCCAGAGCCAGUAUUAUUGUUAUUAGUAUUAUUACUUUCAUUACCCAAGAGCUGCAUUUUAACCAGCUAACUGUGUGUAUGCGUGUGUGUGUGUGUUUUUAAGAGCCGUGGAACAGGAGAAGCUGACAUUUUAGCGGCAGCAAAACUGUGAUGAACUCAGACGGAUUUUUUUUUCUUUCAUUUUCUUGAGGGUUGUAAAACAUUUUUUAAAAAGACAGAAAGGAAUAAUGCAUCGAUUCAAACUUAUACAAAUUAUAUUUGAUUUUUUUUUCUUCUGAAUAACAGAAGAAUAAAUAAAAGUGGACGUUUUUCACAUGGGAACCUGUCAGUCUACAGGAGGCGUUUUAGUCAAUAGAAUUGGUUCAUUCAUCACGACUUCUGCCUAUAAGUAACAACCCUUUCUUCAUUUUAUGGACUAUGCUUCUAUCUUGAGAAAAAGAAAGGCGCUUUUUUUUCCUUUCCAUGGUACAUAACUGAACUUUGUGAUCUUGGUAUGCCUAUUUUUAUAUAUUAUCAAUGAAAAAAUAUACAGCCCUUUUCCAUGAUCCUAAAGACGGGGCGUGGGUGAACUGGGAGCUCAGUAAAUUGCCCCCCCUGUAUUUGCCACAAUGAAGAAUUAUAAGGAUGUGUGACAGAGGAGUCCAAAUGUUGAUCACCACAGUUGGGGCUUUUGCAGCUUUUAGUCUGAUGACUAUAGCUGUCGGGACGGACUAUUGGUUGUACUCCAGAGGCGUAUGCAGGACUAAGUCUACCAAUGAUAACGAGACUAGCAAAAAGAAUGAAGAAGUGAUGACCCACUCCGGAUUAUGGAGAACCUGCUGUCUUGAAGGAUCCUUUAAAGGAGUCUGCAAGAAAAUUGACCAUUUUCUAGAAGAUGCAGACUAUGAACAGGACGCUGCGGAGUAUCUACUGCGAGCUGUGCGUGCCUCCAGUAUCUUCCCGAUCCUCAGUGUAGGGCUGUUGUUUUUGGGGGGCCUUUGUGUUGCUGCUAGUGAAUUCUACAAGAGCCGGCACAACGUCAUACUCAGUGCUGGCAUAUUUUUUGUAUCUGCAGGCUUAAGUAAUAUAAUAGGAAUUAUAGUGUACAUAUCUGCAAACGCUGGAGAUCCUGGGAAGAGUGACUCAAAGAAGAGCUACUCCUACGGCUGGUCGUUUUACUUCGGGGCCCUCUCGUUCAUCAUCGCAGAGAUGGUGGGAGUCAUAGCCGUGCACAUGUAUAUUGAGAAACACCGGCAGAUGCGGGCCAAGUCCCGCACCGAGCUCUUCAAGAAGUCGGCCUUCAGUCGGAUCCCCAGCUACCGGUACCGCUUCCGCAGACGGUCAAGCUCCCGAUCCACCGAGCCACGGUCCCGGGACGCCUCCCCAGUCGGCAAAGUCUUCACCGCACCCCUCUCCACUGAUAUAUCCUUGUACACCCUGUCCCGGGACCCCUCCAAGGCCACGAUGGGGACUCUCCUGAACUCGGAGAGAGACUUCUUACAAGUGCACAACUCCAUCCCUAAGGAUUUCAAAGAGUCAGCCAACAGGAGAACCACACCGGUGUAAAUCAGGACAAGAGUAAAGACAACGUCAGGACACAGAGUCACAGAGGACACAUGGUUGGAUUGCCUGCCGUCAUGCAAUUUGCUGGCCGGGACCUUCUUGAUAAAAACAUUAUAAAUGGUUAGGUGCUUCCUUUUGCUUCUCUUUUUUCUCCCCAACCACACACAUACAGAAUUCUCCUGAGGUUUAUUGGGAGGUAAUGCGACUUGGUUGCCCGGGUGAUCAGCACGUGAAAUGUGCAACAAGCAACUCUGUUUUAGUUAUGUUUAACAGGCUUAGUAUGUUGUUAGCUUUUGUCUACUUUUUUCUUUUUCUCUUUACACCUCUAACAUACCCAGUUGUUGGUAAAUGCGGAACAUUUAAUGUGACACGACUGUUCACCUGUGAUUCACAGCAGAGAUGAUAACGUACAUGUGCUGGAAAUGAUGCUCUGCCAUCAUCUUAGUAAACAUGGUUCCUGUUUUUUUGUUUUUCUUUUUUUAUAAUACAUUUUUUAUUUAUGCUUGCAGAUCUUUUCGGCACAUCACAUACAACAAUUACGAAACCAAUCAAUUUCAUAUAUUCCUUAAGCCAGCAGUGUUUUAAUUUAAUUUUACAAUAAACAAUUAGGGCCUACUUCAGGGCUAUGUGGUACACAAAGUAACUAGCUUGUAGCAUUAUAUUAUGAAAAAAAAAAAAUAUAUAUAUAUAUAUACUGCUGUGCAAAUGUCUUAAACAUGUUGCAUUUUUCUACUCUGAUGCACUGUGAGCAUCAACAAUUACUCAAAGCCUCCACUAGUGUUUUCUACUAUGAUAAGAACAUUGACUUGCAUAGAGAAGGAAAAGAAAUAGCUUGCAUCACUAGAUUUUCAAGGUGUGGUAUCCGAAGCAUAAUCAACAAGUACAGAGAAACAUCACCUGUAAUUGACAAACCCAGGACUGAAAGACCCCAAAAGCUGUCUAACAAGGAUGAGCAAUACUUGAAGAUAAUAUCCUUAAGGAAUAGAAAGAAGACAAGCGUUGAAUUGACAACAGAACUGGCAGAAGGCACAGGUGUCGUUGUCCAUCCACCAACAGUCCAAAGUACCUUUGACCAUUGUUCCAUAGUCCAAUUUCUGUGUUCUUGUGCAUAUUCUAGCACAUCCUUUAAGUCCUGAUUUCAAGAGUGACCUUCGUACUGUUGAUCUGAUGGACAACGAGUAAUUAAAAAAAAAUAAAAACCUAUUGAAAAACAUUAAUUACGUAUACACCCAACAUGUGUUGUAUUAUUGAUUAUUGUUAAUAAGGAAAUAUUUAGGUUUAGGGAAUAAAAAUGGAAUGUAUCAUUUAUUCAUGUUUACAUCAUUUAAUAGGAAAUCACUUGCUGCCUAUUCCAAUGGUAGUCAUGUUCAUUUAGAAUUUAUACACAACAGGAAUUAUCUUGGCAUCCUGCAAAUCUGUCGUUCGAGAGACAAUAAUUUGGAGGUUUGUUACAGAUUUGGGCACAGUAGAACUUUCAAAUACAAUCAUAUACAAAUAUUUAUUAUUGGCUUAAAAUGCAGUACUAUUUUAGAUACAGUGUGUUCGGUGUAUAUGUUUGUAAUUUGGGUAAAUAUUAAACAAGAAAUUCCUUGUUUUUUUUUUUUGUUUUUUUUUAAAAAGCAAAUACUAGCUUUGGUACAGAUUACACUCCUCCCUGAUCAUUGUGGAGCCUUUCAUUUGUAUUCAUCGUUUUAAAAUUUUGAAAGCUUUGGAACCCAGGAGUGCAUACAGCGUAAUAAACUCUAUAAUAUGUGCUGAACAGUUGGAGAAACAGAAGAUAGAUUUCAACUUCAAUGAUCAACUGAGGAGUGAACUUGGUACCAAAAUUAGAAAGCAGAGAAAAAGGCUUUUAAAAAGGUCAGCAAGUCUAAUUUCUUAAAUACAGUAGAAACAAAUCUGUAUUUUAAAAGCACAGAACGUUUUUGAAAAAUUCCUAACUUAUGUGAAAUAGAUUUGUAAAUAAAUAAAACAAAUAUCGAUGGCUAAAUAAAAUCUGUCUCUUCCUUAAUUGAUUUGAAUGAGAUUUAAAAAGAACUGCAGAUGCUAAUGAAU